UGGCAUGAUUACUAACCAGUAAGUUUAAUUCCAGCAAAUAUAAAUUUCACAAUGAAAUUCUUCGCCGUAUUCGCUGCCGUCCUGGCCCUCGCGGCCGCCGCGCCCACCACCCAAUGGACCCUCAACGAGUUGUCUGAGGCCAUCCAGAACCCGGCCACCCCCGCCGAGUAUCUGCCCUACCUCGAGCACGCCCUUAACAACAUGAUGGAAUUGCUCUUCGCUGGCCAGCCUGCUGACUCCAUUGUCGUGCCCACCCCCAUCGGCCUCCUGCCUGUCGAGAUCGCCUCCCCCGCUAUCGUGACGCCCGUCGAGGUCGUCGACACCCCCAUCGCCCCCGUCGCCCCCGGCGUCGUCGCUGAGCCCAUCGUACCCGCCGCCAUCAACGACGCUUCUGGCAACCCCCUUGUCCAGAUCAUCGUCAACAUCAACCAGGAGUCCCCCGCCGCCGUUGAGGUGCCCUCUCCCGUGGUCGUCCCUGAGGCUCCCGUUGAGAUCCAGCCCACCCCCGUGAUCGUCGCCGACGAGGCCCCCGUCGUCGCUCCUACCCCCGUGAUAGUCGUCGAUGAGGCGCCCGUCGCUCCUACCCCCGUUGAGGUCGUGGACACUCCUAUCGCCAUCGUGCCCGCUCCCACUCCCAUCGAAAUCGUGCCCGCUCCUGAGAACCCCAUUGACGUGAUCGCCGUCGAGACCCCCGAGGUCGAGACCCCCGAGGUCAACCCCGCUGAUCUGCUGGCGCCCUCGCCCGUCGUCGAGACCCCUGAGGUCGAGACCCCCGAGGUCAACCCCGCUGAUCUGCUGGCGCCCUCGCCCGUCGUCGAGACCCCUGAGGUCGAGACCCCCGAGGUCAACCCCGCUGAUCUGCUGGCGCCCUCGCCCGUCGUCGAGACCCCUGAGGUCGAGACCCCCGAGGUCAACCCCGCUGAUCUGCUGGCGCCCUCGCCCGUCGUCGAGACCCCUGAGGUCGAGACCCCCGAGGUCAACCCCGCCGAUCUGCUGGUGCCCGCGCCCGUCGUCUAA